UGAGCAGGUUGAUUGGAGAGAAGAAGACAUGGCAAACAACUCCACCCCCUCCACUCCCGUCUGUUGAGAAAUCUCCUGAGAUAUUCAUCCGAGAGCUUCAUCCAAGCUGCUCUUCCGCUCCGACACUGAAGCACAACAGCAGCGGCUAAACUCAGGAAGAGAAGACUGUGAACAAACGUCGUCAUGAACUGGGCAUUCCUCCAGGGGCUCCUCAGUGGAGUGAACAAAUACUCCACAGUCUUCGGCCGAGUGUGGCUCUCUAUCGUGUUCCUCUUCAGGGUCUUGGUGUUUGUGGUGGCCGCAGAGAAGGUGUGGGGUGAUGAACAGAAAGACUUCAAAUGCAACACAGCUCAGCCCGGGUGCCACAACGUCUGCUACGACCACUUCUUCCCCGUGUCCCACGUGCGGCUGUGGGCCCUGCAGCUCAUCUUCGUCACCUGCCCCUCUCUCCUGGUGACGAUGCAUGUGGCCUACAGGGACGACAGGGAGCGCAAACACCGGCUCAAGUAUGGCGAGAACUGCAGAAGCCUCUACCUGAACACGGGCAAGAAGCGUGGAGGCCUGUGGUGGACCUACGUUCUCACUUUGGUCUUCAAAAUAGGUGUGGACACCACCUUCGUCUACCUCCUCUACCACAUCUACGAGGGUUACGACUUUCCCUCGCUGAUCAAAUGUGAACAGAAGCCCUGCCCCAACAAGGUGGACUGCUUCAUCGCUCGACCUACCGAGAAACGGAUCUUCACCAUCUUCAUGGUGGUCACCAGCCUGGCCUGCAUCCUCCUCUCCAUUUUUGAAAUCGUCUACCUGAUUGGCAAGCGAUGCCGUGAAUGGUGUGUAUCCAUUCACAACAAUCGCCACACCCCGAAACGCAAAUUGAUCGAGUUAAACGGUAUAAAGAUGCCUGGAAAAAGCUCCCCUGAGACACCCGCUCCUUCAUACAGCCUUGUCACAUCCUGAGAUUCUGAGAUUAAAGGAAAAGACUAAAUGAAUGCGGUGGAAAAGAAAACUAAUCUCCCCCCACUCUACAGGCACUUCCUUAAAAGACUUGUCAGCAGACAUUUUGUGCUCAGAGACUGAACUACGAUUAAGUUUGUUCUUUACUUUUUUUGUGUCCACUAUCAAAGACUUUUGAACUUUUGGACCUCGAGGCAUAUGUGUGAUUUAUCUGGAAUGUGCUCACUGUUGUGUUUGGGUCAGUGUAUUUUUUUUACAGAUGAAGUUCAGCCUUGCAAAGAAAAAUCUAGUUUGUGUGAUUCAGAUUUAGACUACAGUCCAAUUACAUGAGUCACUCCAUGGUUUUGGCGAUGGUUUUACAAACACAUGUGGUUUUCUGUGUAAAGUUUUCCCUCUGCUCAAAGCUCAACCCAGAACUGCUCCAAGCUGUACUGGGUCUCUUUCCCCUUCACUCACAUGAUCAUAUCUGGUUCUUUGUGAGUAACUUUACAUAAUUUAUCAUCAGGUUUGACAAUAAACUGCUUCCUAUACAAAGGCAAACGAGUGCAAUAAUGUUGAAAUGCAGGGUUGUAAACACAUAUAUCAGAAUGUGUGGCUGCAAAGUUGUUAAUAAUAUUUUUCAAUAAAAUAAUUUUGAUGUUUGGA